CAUGCCAAAUACUAAAGCAGUUGCAUUAGCAAUUGGGUUCAUCUUUUUGAACUUUGCUGGCCAAUGCUAUGGCUAUUACGGCUAUGGCCUCCAGUAUGGGUUCUAUAAUGGCAAAUGUCGAACUUCAGAUGUCGAAGCCAUCGUAAGAAAUACAGUCUACUACAAGUUCCUCAAAGACCGAUCAAUCGCACCUGCUCUAAUUCGAAUGCAAUUCCAUGAUUGCUUUGUUAAUGGGUGUGACGCAUCGAUUCUACUAGACGGGCCCAACAGUGAGAAGACCGCACCUCCGAACUUAAGCGUUAGAGGUUAUGAUGUCAUUGAUGCUGCAAAAGCAGCGGUGGAGAGUGUGUGCCCGGGAGUGGUUUCUUGUGCUGAUAUAAUUGUUAUGGCUACUAGAGAUGUUAUUUCAUUUAGUGGUGGAGGUAGAUACAGUGUCCAAACAGGAAGAAGGGAUGGACUUGUGUCUCUUGCACAAAAUACAAUUAGUCUCCCACCUCCUACCUCAUCUGUAUCGAGUGCGAUUCGAACCUUUGCUCUGAAAGGACUAACCGCCACCGACAUGAUCUAUCUUCUUGGUGGUCACUCGAUUGGUAUCGCUCAUUGUUCUUUAUUUAAAGAUCGUCUUUACAACUUCAAGAAAACAGGAAAACCCGAUCCUACAAUGGAUUUAGCGUUGUUAACAUCGCUGAGGCGUAUAUGUGCUCAGAACGCAACCGUUGAUCUCAGUGCAAACUUGGAUCAAAAUCCUUUUAGCUCUGCUGUUGUAGACAAAUCUUUCUAUAGUCAGAUUAUGAUGCAUAGGGGAGUCCUUAAAUUCGAUCAAGACGUGGCAUUGGAUAGUUUGAGCAAGUCCACUGUUGAAGCCAUUGCGCGUUCAUCUGAUUUCAACACUAAAUUUGGUCAAGCCAUGGUUAAGAUGGGUGCCAUCCAAGUUCUCACAGGAAAUCAAGGACAGAUAAGGAAAUCAUGCCGAGCAAUCAAGCUCCAACUUUAACUUCUAAAACAAUUAAUUUGCAUGGUUUCCUUCAUAUUUUUUUUGUCAUUUUUAUCUGAUGUUGUUCUGUGAUUUUUUUUUGUUGUUGACAUAUCUUUAACCAUUUGAUUUUGUUUUCUAUCGAGUAAUGUAUUUUUUUCUUCAAUUUUUGCAAGGGUUUGGUUGAGAAGUUUUUUUUCUUUUUUUAAAUAUAUGUAUUAAUGUUGUCAGAUUGACAAAACUUUUGUGUUUGGAAUUUAGAUUUCCUCGUGUAAUUUAACGAGUUGACCA